UGGGAGUCAAAAGGCCUCGAUUUGAUGCAUCCUUGGUGCUUUUGACACGAAGAUUUAUGGCUCUUCUCAAAAAAGCUCCACAUGGUGUCCUUGAUUUAAAUGAAGUAGCAACAACACUUGGAGUAGAAAAACGAAGAGUGUAUGACAUCACAAAUGUGUUGGAUGGAAUCCAGUUAAUUGAGAAAAGAUCUAAGAAUCUGAUCCAGUGGGUAGGUACUAGUCUUGACCAGCUUAUUGUGAAGUCACCAGACAAGCAAAACCUUAGGGAUGAGCUUUCUGACCUGUCAGCCAUGGAAGAAGCUCUGGACGAAUUAAUCAAGGAUUGUGCUCAUCAGAUAUUUGAACUAACAGAUGACAAAGAAAAUGCAAAACUAGCUUAUGUGACAUGCCAAGAUAUCCGUAGCAUUCAGGCAUUUCAAGAACAGAUUGUGAUUGCAAUCAAAGCUCCAGAGGAAACCAAAUUGGAAAUACCAGUUCCUAAAGACGAUCAUAUAGAAGUACAUGUGAGGAGCACAAAAGGACCCAUUGGUGUGUAUCUGUGUGAGACUGAAAAAGAGAAGCUAGGUGCCAAAACUUGUGAAGAUGUGGAUACUGUCACUUCUGAAACUGAGCCAGCAGUUCCUCCUGAUAAAGGUAAUGUCCUCCACAUACACUUUGAUCCACAUACAGCAUGUUUUAAGAUGAUCUUACCAUUCUGA